GUUAAAUGAUGACCGAUGUUGGAUAUACAUUUGUGGAGUUUUUCUUGAUUGUGCUGUGAUUUUACUGCUGUUCGAAAGCAAUGAAAAUAAAAAAAGAUUUAGUGGUAAAUCCACUAAACGUGUUGAAGCAAAAGAAAAUUAAAGAGGAAAAUGGUGAUAAAAAGGAUAAGGUAAUAUUACCUGUUGAAACUGGCGUUAAUCACAUAAAGUGCAAAGUUGUUAGGCAGAAGAAAAAUGAGCAAUUACAAAAAGAAAAGAAAAAAGCCAAGAAGGAAAGACGAAAAGCAAGAGCACAGAUAGAUGAGCCGAAACAAGUUCCUCAUACUAUUGAAAGUUUGAGAGAAAAAGAUGAAACUAUGAUUCAUGGUGAAAUAGAUAAUGAUGAGAAUGAAGAAAUCAAAAUUGAUAUGGAGCAUGAUGAGUUUGCUUCUUAUUACAAAGAAGAUUAUGAACCAAAAGUAUUGAUCACUUAUGCUGAUAAUCCUCACACAAAAACAAGAAUAUUUGGCAGGGAGUUAACAAGAAUUAUUCCAAACUCGGUAUCUUUGUACAGAAAUCGAUCUGGUGUGAAAAAAAUGGUCAAAAGCUGUAUAGCAAAUGGUUUUACAGAUAUUAUUGUUAUUAAUGAAGACCAAUGCAAACCAAAUGGUAUGUUAAUUGUUCAUUUGCCAGAUGGUCCUACAAUGCACUGUAAAUUAAGCAAUGUUAAAAUUACACCAGAAUUGAAAAGAAGUCACAAAGAAAUUACAAAGCAUCGUCCAGAGGUGAUAUUGAACAAUUUUACAACUCGUCUUGGUUAUACAGUUUCUAGAAUGUUUGGUGCAUUAUUCCAUCAUCAACCAGAAUUUAAAGGCAGAAGAGUUGUUACAUUCCACAAUCAACGUGAUUAUAUUUUCUUCCGACAUCAUAGAUAUGAGUUUAAUCAAAAAUCUGGCAAACCGAGAUUAAAAGAACUGGGCCCAAGAUUCACAUUAAAAUUGAGAUCUUUGCAACAUGGGACUUUUGAUAGUAAAUAUGGAAAUUAUGAAUGGAUUAUCCAGGGUAGAAGACAUCAGAUGGAAACAAGUCGACGAAAAUUCUUCUUAUAAAUUAUUUUAAGCAGUGCAGCCAUGGUCUUGGAGGAGGCAUCAAAGACGCGCGCAACGUAAUUUCGUGAUGCCGCGUGGAUUAAUCAAGUCAGGCGAAGCGGAAACGCACCAAGUGACAUCUCGCCUCUACUCCCACUCAAUGUCGAUCGAUAGGCUACCUUUAUGAAUGUACACGUCGCCAAGGAGUUUCUACGGAAGAGCAUACCAUGGUCAAGCUUUUGGACUCGGCAGUUAAUUGAAGAGGAAAAUGCUGCCACUAAUAUUGUUCGAAGAAAUCGAUAUAUUCAAGCACCGCUUUUGGAACAGUUUACACGAGCUAAUACAUUUGCAACAUCAAUUGACUGAAUUUGUUGAUUUGACAACUAUAUCAAAAUGAAAAGUGAUGUAUUUCAACUAAUUUGUAUACUGAAAUAAACA